AUGGCCUUAGCAGUGAAGUUUUAUGGUUAUUUAUCUCAGCAACAGAAUAUGAUGCAAGAUUAUAUCCGAACGUCUACAUAUCAACAAGCUAUGCUCAGUAAUUUAUCAGAUUUUACUGACAAGAUUGUAUUAGACGUAGGAGCUGGAUCAGGUAUUUUAUCAUUCUUCGCUGUUCAAUCUGGUGCUAAAAAAGUUUAUGCUAUCGAGGCCAGCAGUAUGGCUCAACAUUGUGAGAUGUUGGUGGCCCACAAUAAUCUAGGUGAUAAGAUAGAAGUUAUAACGGGUAAAGUGGAGGAGGUUGACGUGCCAGAAAAAGUUGAUAUUAUAAUCUCAGAACCCAUGGGGUAUAUGUUGUUUAACGAACGUAUGUUAGAAAGCUAUUUACAUGCUAAAAAAUGGCUCAAACCUGGAGGUAGAAUGUUCCCUACUCAAGGAGAUCUUCAUAUAGCACCGUUUACAGAUGAAGCAUUAUAUAAUGAACAAUAUUCUAAAGCUAAUUUCUGGUACCAAGAAUCAUUUCAUGGUGUAAACUUAACAACUCUACGUAAUGCAGCAGUUUUAGAAUAUUUUAAACAACCUAUUGUAGACACAUUUGAUGUAAGAAUUUGUUUAUCCAAACCACACAAAUAUUCCGUAGACUUCCAGAAAGCAGAUGAAACUGAGCUCCAUGUGAUUGACAUUCCCCUCUCCUUCACGCUUCUAACAACUGGUAUGAUACAUGGCCUUGCUUUCUGGUUUGAUGUCGGUUUCUUUGGAUCUAGUAAUAACGUAUGGCUAUCGACGUCCCCUACCGAACCUCUCACUCACUGGUAUCAAGUAAGAUGUUUACUUCAGACCCCAGUGUUAGUAAAACAGGGCCAGGUUUUAACAGGAAGAUGUGUUUUAAGAUGUAAUACAAGACAAAGUUAUGACGUAGAUAUAGAAAUAAAUAUACCUGGUACCAAUUCGAAAUCUAUCAAUACCCUAGAUCUCAAAAAUCCUUUCUUUCGUUAUACUGGUCAGACGCCCCAACCUCCACCUGGCUCCAACUCACAGUCAGCUACUGACACCUAUUGGAACGCUUAUACAGCGAUUACCAGUUGCGUAUGGUUGGGAAUAAUGAAAGUGGCCAUGAGUUCCAAAGAAAGUGUAAUCUCAGGAGGAACUCAACAUUAUCCAGUCAGCAACCAGUUUAUGAUAGGAGAUUACGUGAUGCCAGGAAAUGUGCAUCCCCAUGGUGCAUUCACCGCUGUGCAACCCUUUGACCUCAUUCCAUCAGUUAUCAUAUGA